GCCUUAGUGAUUGCAAAGAACUCAGCAACGCAAAAAGAAAAGAUCUGAGUUAUGGAUGGAGAAGUCAUAGGUUUCGUCAUAGUAUGGGUUCUUGCAGUAAUCUCUGUAUCUUACUGUUACUACAUAUCCUCCAGAAUCAAAGCUGGAGUUUUUAGGUUAAUCUCCGUUGUUCCCGUUUGUGCUUUCUUUCAUGUUCUUCCUCUUUUUUUCACUUCUCUUCAUCUCUCUAGUUGCUUAGCUGUUUCCCUUUCGUGUCUCGCUAAUGCAAAACUCAUACUAUUCUCUUUCGAUCAAGGUUCUCUUUUCCCACUUCCCUCAAAUAUCUUCCGGUUCAUCUGCUUCACUUGCUUGCCCAUCAAGGCUCAACAAAACCCUAAUCCUAAAAAUCAAAUCCCCAAAUGGCUUUUCCCCAUUAAAGUUGCUUUAUUCGCCGUGGUGUUACAUAUGUAUGAUUACAAACAAUAUAUGUCUCCAGCUGUGUUAUUGGUUCUCUAUGUUCUCCACGUAUACUUGGAGCUAGACAUUGCCUUGAUGCUUGUCAAACUUUUCGUCUUUAUCAUUCUUGGGUGCGAUAUAGAGCCGCAGGCCAAUGAACCAUACUUAGCCACCUCUCUUCAAGACUUCUGGGGUCGCCGGUGGAAUCUUAUGGUCCCGGCAAUCCUUCGGCCGGCUAUAUACAUCCCCGUGCGGCAGUUUAAUAGAGGUCUAAUGAGCUCUGAUUGGGCUACAUUAUUGGCGGUUUUGGCAACGUUCGUUGCCUCUGGUGUAGCUCACGAGGUGUUCUUCCUUACUUUGACCUUUGAGAUGCCUACAGGAGAAGUGGCUUGCUUCUUUGUAUUACAUGGAGUUUGCACUACUGUCGAGGUAGCUGUGAAGAGGACAGACUUUGUGCGGCGUUGGAGGGUGAGUCCAGCAGUGUCGCGACUGCUUACGGUGGGGUUUGUGGUUGUGACUAGUGGCUGGUUGCUUUUCCCUACUCUUGCAAGAAGCGACAUGCUGGAGAAACUCGCUAACGAAGCCUUGCUGUCCAUUGAUUUCGUCAAGCGCACGUUUUAUAGUUUUUGGUGAUAGUAAAUGGUUAAAUCAUGAUUUUUUAUAAAAAAAUAAAUGGUUAAAUCAUGAUUUGUGGAUUUAUGUGCUUCUUGAUAAGAUCGUUUUAUGCUGUUAAUCGUGUUUCGACGAGAGUAUUAUAAAUUUAUAAUACUGCGUGAGAAGUAAUAAUCUCUCCUAUUGUGAACUUUCCUAUAAGACGUUAAAACAAAAUAAAACGUUGAUUAUCUUGGGUAUAAAAAAAAUAUUUACAUGGAUGAAUGGUAGUCUAUGAAUGAAACAAUAUGAUAUGUUAUAUAUUAAGCGUCACUUUAGAUUUGUGCACGCAGAUUAAUAAAUAUUUAAUUUUCUAUAUUUUCGAUAUAAAAACAUCAUUACCCAUACACUUGAUCAUAUUUCAACCAAUAGAAAAAUAAAGUGAAAAAUAAAAUUAAUAAAUUUUGCAUCGAAAUGAUAAAACGACACUUAUUUUGCAACGAAAAAAUUUCUCUACAACGACACUUAGGACCUGACUGAUUCAAACGCAGCGGUUGCGGUUGCGGGAGUUUGUGGAUGCGGGCGGUUGCGGUUUCUAGCGGUUUUAAGAGAUUUGUACGACUGGUACUACGGUUAAAAAUUAGUGCGUUUGCGGGUGACUUAUAACUGGUUAACUACCAAAUGCGGUAACAAUCAAAUAAUAAAUUAACAAUAUUUACAUUU